AUGAGCGGCAACGCUUUAACGUCCGCCACGGCGUUCUCGCCAUCGCUGGAAGCCAUCAAGUUGGCUGCCAGCAUGUACAAUGCUGCCCGAGAGGGCAACACCAAGAUCUUGGAAGAGAACAUUCUUGACGGAUUGCCGCCUAAUCUGACGAACGAGAAGGGAGACACCUUGCUGAUGCUGGCGGCGUACUACGGCCACGCGGAAACAGUCAAGUUUCUGAUUGAACACGGAGCGGAUCCCAACAGAUUGAACGACAAGCGCCAAAGUCCCAUUGCAGGCGCUGUCUUCAAGGGGUUGGAUGCUGUGAUUGAGGUCCUUCUUGAUGGCGGUGCUGAUCCCGAUUACGGCAAGCCUUCAGCAAUGCAGUGUCUGUCAAUGUUUAAUCAGGAGGGCAAGUGGAAGGACAAGUUUGAGGCAGCACCUGGAAGGGGCAAGGCAAAGGCUGUUACCAAUGAUGAGACUGCUGAGAGAGCACCGGAGACGUUCAAAAAAUGA